GCUAUUUUACUUCGCCUUCGUGGUUUUCUAUGCCUACACAGUGGCGGUUGGUAUCAGACCGAAUUACGUGUCGAUUUUCGAAUUCAUUGUUUUUAUUGAACUGGUCAGUUUCUUUUCGGAAAACGUGUUUGAGGUAAUUUCAAUGUUCCAAAGUUCCUGUCCUCAUAACUCAUGCUGGCAAACAGUGGUUGACAUGCCGCCAUUUUACAAGUACGAUACAUUCCUCAAUGUGUUUAACAUUGUUACGCUCGUCCUUGGGCUGGGGCGAUUUGUGCCCUUUCCGGCAGUCAAAACGCUCUACGUGGUCUCCUUUGUGCUGCACAGCUUCCGUUUCUUCAAGUUCUACUACUUCUACUCAAACCUUGGACCAAAACUAGCCAUGGUGGGAAGGAUGGUUGUAGAGCUGUUGGAGUUCCUCACGUUUCUCCUGGUGUUUUUGGUGACCACUGGGGAAAAGGAUGGCUGCAAUGCCCCUGAUGGUGUUAAUUGCCCAGUCAGUAACCCUCUGGCGCCUUGGUUGUUAAACCUGUAUCUCCUAAUCGUGGUGACUCUAAUGAUGAAUCUUCUGAUUGCUAUCUUUAGCAACGUGUUCGACCAAUUCGAGUCCGAAUCACGGGAAAUCUGGAAGCGGACCAGAUGUCGCCUGCUGGUCGAGUUCAGAGAAAAGACCAUCUUCCCAAUGCCCUUCAAUCUGAUUGAACGCAUUAUUCGAUUGAUUAUCGCUGCCUGUAGAGCAUGUGUGCGUUGCUGUAGGAGAGAAGUCACAGAGCACAAGAUUGUCCAGAUUACGGAGAGCACGCCUUUGAAGGGCAAGGAUGUAGACAAGCAGGUCAAAAAACUGCAUGAACAACUGGAGCUGGCGGCGAAGAGGGCUAAGCUGAAGCGCAUGGAGGUCUACUUGCAGUACAUCCGCAACGACUGCCUGCCACGCUUCCUUAAGAAACUGGAAGCUGACAAGACUGACGAGAUCGCUGAGCUGCUGGAUCUCGUUCAGAACAAGUGCGUACCUCCCCUACAACAUAUUUAUUUUAACUUUCGCAAAUGGUAG